CCCUUCCCUCCAUAUUUCGACUGCGACUCACGACUCAGCAACUGACCGACGACGUUCGCUGGUACCUACAGCGCUCUCCAUACAUGAACUGCCCACGCAUCUCCACGCACAUGGUUCCAGGUCUCGCCUCCCCAUCAUGGGCGAGCAAAAGCCCAGGCAGCGGAAGUUUGCUCCGCGCUCCCGGCAAGGCUGCUUGACGUGCAGGGCGCGGAGGAAGCGGUGCGAUGGGAAGCGUCCGGACUGCCAGAACUGCACGCGCCUCAACCUGGUGUGCGAAUGGCAGAGUCAGCGCCAGAUUGUCCACGAAUCCUCGUCCUCAUCACCUCAGCCUAGCCCGCUCCCAUCGGACAGCUUGAUCGGUCCGCUACGGUCGUCAAUGGACCUGUGGGACGAUCUUCCCAAAGAUGAAGCCGCUGAGAGAAAGCACCUCCUUCGCUACUAUGUCGAAGCUUUUGUCCCGAGCGUUUCCGUCGCGACUACGCCGUCGAGCUUCUACACAUCGCUCUACAUCCCUUGGGCCUUUGAGUCAACAGGAAUGCUGGACGCCAUCAUGGCUCUGUCGUCCGCUCAGCUUGCCAGACGUACCUCAAAUACCGAUAGGGCGCUGCAUCUUCGGAGUCUGUCGGCAAAGCAUCAGCGCAAGUGCCAUGCCUUCUUGGCCGACCGCGUACCUCGGAACGGCGGACCGCCCCGGGACGCCUACCAAGUGAUUGGCAUCAUCCUGCUUCUUGUUGGACUGGAAGCCCUCAAUGGAGAGAAGAGCACAAGGUGGCUUUCUCAGAUGAAAUGCGUAAGAGGGAUCCUUGGCCUGCUCUCGCGCGACCAGAACACCUUCAACUCUUGGGAAGUCGACUCACUCCGCAGGCACUUCACUUACCACAACGCAAUGGCAUCCCUCAUGGCUAAGGUGUCGAAACGCGAUGCUCAAAGCUCUGCGGAGAGCUGCGACAUGUCCGUUGCAUGUCCGCCAGAAGGGCCCCUUACCGUCGACCCACUGAUGGGCAUAUCGUACUACUUGUGCGGGCUGAUCUCGCGAAUCCAGUACGUCACUUCUGCGAGUCCGGCUUUCCCGGCCAUCUCCGAAGCCGCAUUCAACUCAAUUGAGCGCGACCUCCAGGAGUGGAGAUAUGGAAGCCCCUUCGACCUACCCGGCGUUGAUCUCCCAAUCGCUCUUGAUCUCGUCGCGCUUGCGGAAUCUUAUCGCCUCGCCGCACUUAUUCAACUGUACCGCACCUCCGAAACGCACAAGUCUCUCAUUCCGUCCUGCGCGUCGCGGGCUAUGGAGUUCAUGUCGCGGAUCCCACCGGGUAGUCCCGCAGAGUCAAGCAUGCUCUACCCGAUUUUCCUGGCUGGCGCAGAGCUCAACGAUGAGCCCGAAAUCUCCAAGUGCUUCAAGCGACUGGCCGAAAUCCAAGCGCGGAAUCGCUAUGAGAAUAUCAUCAACGUCCAGAAGGUAUUGGAAGAGGUGUGGAGACCUGUGCUGAAUGGCGCGCAGAAGCGGGACUGGGAGGAUGUGCUACAAGAGUGGGGAUGGUCGUUCACCCUGGGCUGACUACCUUGGGGCACUAUUAAAAUGGACCUUGUGGACCCCGGACUCUCCCCAGAGUAGCUCGAAUAAACCACCCAA